AUGGGGGCUGCAGUAGCGCCCUCAUUUGCUAACUUAUUUGUGCACAGAUUGGAAAAGGUGUUUUUUCUUUCAGAUGAAUAUAAGGACAACAUUGUGCUAUAUCAGCGGUAUGUGGAUGACAUUUUGAUCAUUUGGAAAGGGCAAGUGUCUUUGUUUCAGGAGAUGGUUAAUAAGGCGAAUUUAAUGCACUCUACAAUUAAAUUCACAUCAGAGGUUUCUAACUUAUCCAUUAAUUUCUUGGAUGUAAAAAUAACCAAAACUGGCGAGGGACUCUCGACAGAACUAUUUCGAAAGCCCACUGACAGGAAUAGUCUGCUACAUUCUUCGAGUUUUCACAACCCGAAGUGUAUUGCAGCUAUACCUAAGGGACAGUUUUUACGGGCUAGAAGAAUAGCGUCAGAUGAUUUUAAGUAUUGGGAUGCAGCUAACUCCCUCUCCAAAAGGUUUAAGGAAAAGGGCUAUAAUCCACGGAAACUCAAUGAAAUUGCAAGAGAUGUGAGUUUCAUCCCAAGAGAUCAACUUCUUUCAACAAAAAUUACUCAAAAAUUAGACAAUAAGAAAAAUGAAAGGAUUCCUUUUGUGAGUAAAUAUAGUAAUCAGAGUGAUCAAAUUGAAAAGGUAAUUAAAAGAUUCUGGCCUAUCUUACAACAGGAUAAGAUCCUGAAACAUCACUGUAGCAACCCUCCCCUCUUUAGCUAUAAGAGAGGACAGACAUUGAGAGACAAAUUAUGUCCCUCUGAAUUACGAAAAGAUCCAAAUCCUACAUCUUGGUUAUUAAGGAGUUGGAAGAAAGGUACCUUUCCCUGUAUGGGAUGUGUCUGUUGUUCGUCUGUGACCAAAGGAGACACAGUGUACCAUCCCAUCACUGGAAAGAAAUACAAGUUGUAUUCCUAUGCCACUUGUGAUACGGCGGGGGUGGUAUAUCUUUUAAAGUGUCCCUGCGGAAUGGUGUACGUAGGUCAAACGUCCAGGCAAGUGAAAGAGCGAAUUAAAGAACAUAAGGCUGACAUUCGUAACUUUAAACCUAACACACAAACAGACACGUCAGUAUCUCACCACUUUCAUGACAAAGUACACAAUCAGGCCCAACUAAAAUGGCAGGUAUUGGAAGUGGUACGUAGACCCGAAAGAGGGGGGAGUUUAACCAAGGUACUACUCCAACAAGAAGCCAGGUGGAUUAAAAAACUGAAUAGCUUGAAACCAGAAGGUCUAAACGACUAUUGGAGUGUGAGUAGUUUUCUUUAAACAAUGUUGCUAGGAUUGAAUAUAUUGCAACAUUUUACUUGAAACUUAAUAGUUGCGACUAUACAUGAUGUAUUUAACACACUCUUCCUUUCUUCUAGAUAACAGAAAAAUAAUAUUCUGAAUAAUGGUUUUUGCAACAAGGCAUAAGGGUACAAAUGUGGACUUUUAAUUAUGAACUUUUACACUGGAAACGAGGAGGAUGGAGAGACGCACGAAACGGGACUUUUUAUACACUUUUUAUAUUUUAUAUCUUUUUCACUGGAAAUGUUUGUUCACUUGAUCUGUUUUAAUAUGGACAGAAUCUAUUUGGUGGCUAGGCAAACAAAAUUGGAUCCCUUAGCAGUUGCCACCUGCACCAUGAAUGGAAGGGGAGGGGCUAAUGGUUUAAAUGUUCACAACUGUGUAGAUUUUGUAACACUUGACAAAGAGCGCCAGCUCGAAACAUGUAGUGGAAUAAAAGAGCACCUGGAAUUUUUGCAGUAA